ACUUGACACCGAUUUCCGACCCUUUCCGUGCGGUGGGCGCCGGAUGCGUGCCAGCCUGACAGCUCAGUCUCCUUCAACGACCAAGCGCCGGCCCCUCCUCAUGCCGCGGUGGAUUGCGGCGAAAAGUCAACUUUCCAGGCUGGACUGUGCAGAGGAAGCGCUGACCCUUCCGCCCUCCUACCCCCCAGCCACCAAAUUUCCCCCAACUCCCUAAUUCAGGGUCCCGCCUUCCCCUUCCGUCCCAGUAAGGCCCGCCCUGUAACGUCACGGUGCCCUGCGUUGAUUGGCUAGCUGCGCCAUCGCUCCUGAGACUUCCUUCUGGGCCGCCGCCGCCGACUUAAACUUUGAAGGGGGAAAAAAAUAGAGCCACCCGCGCUGUGCGACCCUCCCUUGCCCCCGACCCGCCCCGCCUUCGGAUCCCGCCAUCCUCGAGUCUCUCAACCUGACAGAUUUCUCUCUCAAAUGCCUGGGUUCUUACCACCACCGCGCGAGAGCUCUCGGAUCUAGGUCCCAGGUUCCUCGGUGAGCUCUGGGCGGCAGGUCGGGGUCUGGCCCCAAUGGCCGCCGCCCCCUCCCAUCCCGCCGGACUCCCCUGCUCUCCGGGGCCCGGGUCUCCUCCGCCCCCCGGUGGCACGGAUCUCCAGUCUCUGCCACCUCUGCUGCCUCAGAUCCCGGCUCCGGGAUCGGGGGUCUCCUUCCACAUCCAGAUCGGAUUAACACGAGAGUUCGUGCUGUUGCCGGCAGCUUCGGAGUUGGCUCAUGUGAAGCAACUAGCCUGUUCUAUCGUGGACCAGAAGUUCCCAGAGUGUGGCUUCUACGGCCUGUACGACAAGAUCCUGCUCUUCAAACAUGACCCAACAUCAGCCAACCUCCUGCAGCUGGUGCGAUCAGCUGCAGAUAUCCAGGAGGGCGACUUGGUGGAGGUGGUUCUGUCGGCCUCAGCCACCUUCGAGGAUUUCCAGAUCCGUCCGCAUGCUCUCACUGUGCACUCGUACCGCGCACCAGCCUUCUGCGACCACUGUGGGGAGAUGCUGUUUGGCCUUGUGCGCCAGGGCCUCAAGUGCGAUGGCUGCGGACUCAAUUACCACAAACGCUGCGCCUUCAGCAUCCCAAACAACUGCAGUGGCGCUCGCAAGCGCAGACUGUCGUCCACGUCUCUGGCCAGUGGCCAUUCUGUGCGUCUCGGCAGCUCCGAGUCCCUACCCUGCACCGCCGAAGAGCUGAGCCGUAGCACCACCGACCUCCUUCCUCGCCGACCACCCUCGUCGUCGUCCUCCUCCUCUUCCUCUUCCUUCUACACAGGCCGACCCAUUGAGCUGGACAAGAUGCUGAUGUCCAAGGUCAAGGUGCCACACACCUUCCUUAUACAUAGCUACACACGGCCCACCGUUUGCCAGGCUUGCAAGAAACUGCUCAAGGGUCUCUUCCGCCAGGGCCUGCAGUGCAAAGACUGCAAGUUUAACUGUCACAAACGCUGUGCUACCCGCGUCCCUAAUGACUGCCUGGGGGAGGCGCUCAUCAAUGGAGAUGUGCCCAUGGAGGAAGCCGCCGAUUACAGUGAGGCUGAUAAGAGCUCCCUCUCAGAUGAGUUGGAGGACUCUGGUGUCAUCCCAGGCUCCCAUGCAGAGAAUGCUCUCCAUGCCAGCGAGGAAGAGGAAGGCGAGGGAGGCAAGGCCCAGAGCUCGCUGGGCUACAUCCCCCUGAUGCGUGUGGUACAGUCUGUGCGACACACGACCCGGAAAUCCAGCACCACCCUGCGGGAGGGCUGGGUGGUCCAUUACAGCAACAAGGACACACUGAGGAAGCGGCACUACUGGCGCCUAGACUGCAAAUGCAUUACCCUCUUCCAGAACAACACGACCAACAGAUACUACAAGGAGAUCCCGCUGUCUGAAAUCCUCGCAGUGGAGCCGGCUCAGAACUUCAGCCUCGUACCUCCGGGCACCAACCCACACUGCUUUGAGAUCAUCACCGCCAAUGUCACCUACUUUGUGGGCGAGACACCUGGCGGGGCCCCAGGAGGGCCGAGCGGGCAGGGAACAGAGGCCGCCCGGGGUUGGGAGACAGCCAUCCGCCAGGCACUGAUGCCUGUUAUCCUCCAAGAUGCACCCAGUGCCCCAGGCCACACACCACACAGACAAGCUUCUCUGAGCAUCUCUGUGUCCAACAGUCAGAUCCAAGAGAACGUGGACAUCGCCACUGUCUACCAGAUCUUCCCCGAUGAGGUGCUGGGCUCUGGGCAGUUUGGAGUGGUCUAUGGAGGAAAACACAGGAAGACUGGCAGAGAUGUUGCAGUAAAGGUCAUUGACAAACUGCGCUUCCCCACCAAGCAGGAGAGCCAGCUCAGGAAUGAAGUGGCCAUCCUCCAGAGUCUGCGGCACCCUGGGAUUGUGAACCUCGAGUGCAUGUUUGAGACCCCUGAGAAGGUAUUCGUGGUGAUGGAGAAACUGCAUGGGGACAUGUUGGAGAUGAUCCUCUCCAGUGAGAAGGGCCGGCUUCCUGAACGCCUCACCAAGUUCCUUAUCACGCAGAUUCUGGUGGCACUGAGACACCUGCACUUCAAGAACAUCGUCCACUGUGACUUGAAACCAGAGAAUGUGUUACUGGCAUCAGCCGAUCCGUUUCCUCAGGUGAAGCUAUGUGACUUUGGCUUCGCUCGCAUCAUCGGUGAGAAGUCCUUCCGGCGCUCAGUGGUGGGCACGCCCGCCUACCUGGCACCUGAGGUACUGCUCAACCAGGGUUACAACCGCUCGCUGGACAUGUGGUCCGUGGGUGUGAUCAUGUACGUGAGCCUCAGUGGCACAUUUCCCUUCAAUGAGGACGAGGACAUCAAUGACCAGAUACAGAACGCAGCCUUUAUGUACCCGGCCAGCCCCUGGAGCCACAUCUCAUCUGGAGCCAUCGACCUCAUCAACAACCUGUUGCAGGUGAAGAUGCGCAAGCGCUACAGCGUGGACAAGUCUCUCAGCCACCCAUGGUUACAGGAGUACCAGACAUGGCUUGACCUCCGAGAGCUAGAGGGAAAGAUGGGCGAGCGAUAUAUCACCCAUGAGAGCGACGACGCACGCUGGGAUCAGUUUGUAUCAGAGCGCCAUGGGACGCCUGCAGAAGGGGACCUGGGUGGAGCCUGUCUGCCACAGGACCAUGAGAUGCAGGGGCUGGCUGAGCGGAUCAGCAUCCUCUGAGGCCAGUGUUCCCCGCUGGGCUGCUUGCUUUCUUUGGAGUCCUGCACAUCAUCCUAAAAGUGAACUGUUCUAGAGGAAGCAGCUUUCUGCACAGACUGAAUGAGACAUUAUGCAGGAGGGCCAGGGCUCUCUCUCUUUCCCGUCACUGAAAUAGACUGUUCCCAGGGCCAUGAUUUUAGUCUCUGAUGCCCCAACCUUGGAGUGAUAAGGCUGGAGAGUUGGUUCUGUGGGUAAAGGCGCUUGCCACCAAGCCUAACAACUUGAGUUUGAUUCCUGGGCUGAACCUGUUUGGAGAAUUGACUGCCGUUUGCCCCCUGACCACCACAUGUACACACACAAACACAGACAAUAAAUGUAUUUUCUUUUUUAACAAAAA